AUGCUCCCCUGCGCGGGGCCCGGCGGCGGGGGCGGCGGCCUGGGGUCGGCGUGGCGUGUGAGCCGGGCGAGGCCCCGCGGGGGUCAUGGCCAGAGAGGAGCCCGAGGGCGGCGGCGGGGGCGCUGAGGCGGAGGAGCGGCCUGGGCGUGAGGCGCCGGCGGGGGCGGCGGCGGCGGCGCCUGCCCGGCCUCUUCCCCUCAGCCUCCUGCGGGCGAGGGCCUGCGCUUCGGCCUGGUCCCGGCGGAGCUGCACGCGCGGCUGCUGGACCAGCGGGACUACCGGGGCCGCGUGGGGGCGAUGGGGCAGCUGAAGCGGGUGCUGGGCGAGGCGCCGGCCGCGUCCCUGGCCUGCCUGCCGGCGCCCUGCCUGCUGGGCCUGCUGAGCCUGCUGCGCGCGCUGCUGGACGACUCCAACUUCAAGGUGGCGCUGGGCGCGCUGGAGGCGCUGCGGCUGCUGGCGGCGCGGCUGGGCCCGGCGGCGGGGUCCCGCGCGCGCCUGGAGCCGCUGGUCUCGGCGGCGGCCAAGGUGCUGGGCGACGCCAAGCUGGCCGUGCGCCAGGAGUACCGCCAGCUCUUCCUGGCGCUGAUGCGCGCGGCCGGGCCGCAGCCCGUGCUGGACCUGCUGCUGCGCCCCGAGCACCUGCGCCACCGCAACGCGCGCGUCCGCGAGGUGGUGCUGGCCAUCUCGGUGGCGGCGCUGCUCACCUUCCCCUCCGAGGACUUCCAGCUGCCGGCCCUGGCCGCCGCGCUGGCCCCCGCGCUGGCCGACGCCAAGCGCCGCGUGCGCCACGCCGCCCUCGAGGCCUUCGCCGUGCUGGCCUCGGCGCUGGGCCCCGCGCGCGCCGGCACCCUCCUGGAGGCCGUCGACGCCGUCGAGCUGCGCGGCGAGGGCGAGGGCGUGCUGGGCGCCGUGCAGGCGCGCCUGGCCCGCAAGACGCUGCCCCGACUCACCGAGAACUGGUUCGUCGAGUACGCCGUGCCGCUGCCCGACUCGCCCCACGCCGCCGGACCCUGGCCCCGCGGCGCCGACACCGACUGGCUCCUCGAGCAGGGCAACCGCAUCCAGAGCGCGCACAGCGGGUCCGCCGCCGCCGCCGCCGCCAACCUCGCGCCCUUCGCCGAGCAGGGCGGCUGCCCCCGGAGGGUCCUCAGCGCCGGGAAGGGGAAGCUGCCCUGGGAGAGCGACAGGCGAGGAUGCUGCUUCGCCAAGGCCAGCGACGCUGCCCCGGUGAGUCCCUGCAGCACAGCUAUCCAUGCUUCGAGACAUGCAUCGAUUGGGAUUCAGUUUUACAAGCGUCUCGGACUGCUAACCCCUUUCCAUGCCCCAGAGGGGCGCCAGGGGGUCGUCACGCAUAGUUUGGGAAGCUGGUUUACUGUCAUAGACCAGCAGUUUAAAAAUAGCUGAAAGACAAAGCUGUAGAAAGGAGGUAAAGUAACUAUAAAAACGGAAAGACAAAAGUUGCUGACCAACAGGUUAAAACAACUCAAAUGGUAACUACAGUGGUACCUCGGGUUACAGACGCUUCAAGUUACAGACUCCGCUUACCCAGAAAUAUUACCUUGGGUUAAGAACUUUGCUUCAGGGUGAUAACAGAAAUCGCGCUGUGCUGACAGUUGGAGACACCAUUAGCUAAAGUGGUGCUUCAGGUUAAGAACAGUUUCAGGUUAAGAACAGACCUCUGGAACGAAUUAAGUACGUAACCAGAGGUACCACUGUAUUAUUAAAGCGAUCACGUUGAAGACUUCACAGGAUUUCAUAAAUGGAAUACUAGUGGUGCCUCUCUCAGGCUCACUGUCCUUGUUUUAUCAGGGAGGAGAGGUGGAACCAGGGUUGCUCUUGCCCUCUUGUGCAUUUUGCACCUGGCUAUUGGCCACUUGCAACCAAGUGAAGACGCCUGGGUGCCAGGAUGGCAGCUGACAUCUCCACUGUCUGGCUGGCACACAGCAGCAUAUAUUUGUUGCCAUGCUAUGGUGCCAGUCAGACUUUAGCUGGAGCUGACAGGAGCUGACAUUUGUCAUCUUGAAAUAAAAAAGGCACCUAAACAUUCCAUUAGUGCACCUGUAACCUAGGUUUAAGGGGCUAUAUGGCGAAUAGCUUUUAUAUCUCUAGUGUGGGAUUUGAAUCCUAGCCCAGCACUGCUGGUUGCAUCCUCUCCAAGAUUGGCUCUUGCAAGGCGGUGCUGAUGCUGAAACUUCACGUCCCUCUGUUGAAUGGCUUCUGCACCCUGCAGUAGCUGAGGGUGGGGACAAAGGGUUUUUCCGGUAGAUUCGUAAUCUGGGGAACCAGGUUCACGUCUCCGCUCCUCCACCUACAGCUGCUGGGUGACCUUGGGCUAGUCAUAUUUCUUUGAAGUCUCUCAGCCCCACUCACCUCACAGAGUGUUUGUUGUGGAGGAGGAAGGGAAAGGAGAAUGUUAGCCGCUUUGAGACUCCUUUGGGUAGUGAUAAAGCGGGAUAUCAAAUCCAAACUCUUCUUCUUUUUUCGUUAUAGUGCAAGGAAGAGAGCCAUGGGGGUGGGGGGGAAGCUUGGCAUGUGGUUUAGAGAAGCAGGUGUGUUGGAUGGGGCAGCUAUAGAAGACGGAGUGUUCUUAGUUCAAGGUAGGGCGACAAAAGAAACAUUCAUAGCCUUUCCACCAAGGAACUCAAGGUGGCAUGUCCGGUUCUCCCGCUCCUCCUUUUAUCGCCACAACAACCCUGGGAGGUAGGUUAGGCUGGGAGAAGGCAGUGGCUGGCCCCCAAAGUCUCACCCAGUCAGCUUCAUGGCCGAAAGCAGGAUUUGGACCUUGGUCUCUCCCAGGUCCUAGUCGGACACUUGUAACCACUAUGCCACCACUGGCUCCCAUAGGGUAGGUCAAGAAGAGGAAAUGGCUAUUCACAUUUUCCCCAAAGUGGCCCCUGCCAAGUGGUGUGGAUGCUGCAGCUUCAAAGGUGUGGCCUCUGCACGCCACAGGAGCCGAGGGCUUUGCGGGUGCACCAGAGAGCUGUGGGGAGGGAAAGCUCAGCAGACAGUUUGGAGAAGCAGGUUAGUUGGAUGGGGCAGCCAUAGAAGAGGGAGCAAUCUUUAAAGUGCAAGGUGGGGUGAUGAAAGUGGCAUUAUGACUCUAAUAUGCCUGUGGUUAAAGGCUAAUAGUUCAGCACAUUAGAAGCUUGAACAGGGAGUCUGUGGCACAUACCUGUCAGCUGUCCAGGACAUCCCCUUUGGGGGCACUGUACUCUUGCACAGGUCACAUGACUAACCAGAUUCAGCAUAAAGUGAGACUCAGAUUGAAGCUUGAAUUUUACAGGUAUCUGUAGAAUUUCAGGGAGGAAUUAUUUGGUGGUUUCUCCACUGUAAUUUUGCUUAAAGAUUAUACCUGAAGGAGCAUCUCCAUCCCCAUCGUUCUGCCCGGGCGCUGAGGGCCUUUUGGCGGUUCCCUCGCUGCGAGAAGCCAAGUUACAGGGAACCAGGCAGAGGGCCUUCUCAGUAGUGGCGCCCACCCUGUGGAACGCCCUCCCAUCAGAUGUCAAAGAGAUAAACAACUACCUGACAUUCGGAAGACAUCUGAAGGCAGCUUGGUUUAGGGAAGCUUUUAAUGUUGAUGGACUACUGUAUUUUAAUAUUUUGUUGGAAGCGACCCAGAGGGGCUGGGGAAACCCAGGCAGAUGGGCGGGGUAUAAGUAAUAAAUUAUUACUACUACUGUACUAUUAUGAUUAUGAUUAUUAUUAUUAUUACUACUACUACUACUACUACUGGGCUUGUUUUUUGUUACUUACUGAAAACUUUAAGUUUCUUUGGAUUUUCUUCUGUAUUUUAAAUGUUUGUCAGUUGAAAGAUGGAUUUAAGAAGUAUGAUUCUCAUGGUUGGGAAUUGAUUCUUGAAAGUAGCAGCAAAAAUGUUUCCCAGGAUCAUGGAGGAAAUUAAUUAUUACCUUCAGGCGCAUUCCAGUGAGCUCAUAUUUUGCUACAAAUUAACACAAGUUGUUCAGUAAUAGCUGAAAGAAUUUAUAAUGAGGAAUGUUCAUAGUGAUCCAGUAACAGUAGUGAAAGGUAGGGGAAGACUAGGAGCCGCAGAAAUACUGAGAGGAAGAAGAAUAUAAUGAAAAAUUCCUCUCUGUUUGUCCGAUCAGCUUGCAGAGUGUUCCAUUAGAGUGUGCUAGAAAUUUAAUCUGACUCCCAAUUUCUAAAGGUAAUCAGGUUUGAGGUGUCCCAGAGACUGAUGGAGGCAAAAGUAUGGUACUUGAAAAUGCUGUAACUUUUGUAAGACGACUGCCCGAUUAAAACAUUUAUCCUGCAGGCUCCCAAGGUCCAGAUUCAGCACAGUUGUCGAUUGCAUGUAACCACAUCGCUUUCUAGUUUUACAAGGAAGAAGGCUGAAUUGUAUUUUAAUGCCUCCUCUGUCCUGUUUCUCUUGCAGCUCUCGCCAUCCAACGAUUUCCUGCAGUCUCCAAAACUGAGGCCUUCGCAAGGUAAGUGCUACAUGUGUGUGCCAACCCAAGUGACUCACUGUCACACGAUGGUGCAAAGGAAGAGGGGUCCCUGUCCUCCAGAUCGGUCCUUUGCUCUUAAUAUGACACAGAGGAUGGCGUUCCUCACUCCCAACUCCGUGCCAAAUCUGGGGAAGUGCUUUCUGCUAAAACAAAACACAAUUGGCUACAACCCAGUAGAUUUUAUCACAGUCCUUUUUUAGAACCCAUUGAUCCUGCCGCAUACUGGACUGAGUUGGCUAAGCUAUGGUUUGUUUGAACAUGUAAACUCUGGCCAGCAGACUAACUGUGGUUUGUUUCAGCGAUGGGUUGCCAUUGCAUCUGAACCCAACAUCCUUGCUUAAUCUCAGUUUGUUUGGCCGCUCCAUAUCAGAAGCCAGCCAAGCUACAAAGGCACAUGACAAGAGCCUUUGCUGGUCUGUAAGGCAACCUGUGAUUUGUUGAACAAACCAUGGCUUCCUGUUACGAGUGAACACAGCUGUUGUCAGUAGGGAUUUCCGGGGGCUGAGGGGGAGUGCUCACACUGCAGAAAUGAAAGCAGGGUGGAUAAAAAUCAAUGAUUAAAAAAAAAAUCUGAUAAAAAAAAUUAAAAUCUCAUUUUUUAAAAUUUAAAUUGGAUUUUUAAAAUAAAAUGCUUUUGGAGGAAUUUUUCCCCCUAAAGAUAGUUUUCUGUUUAAGUUACAUUAUAGUCCAAAGGCUAUUCAUCAGGAAAUAAGGAUUUGUUUUAAGUUUUUCAUGUGUGUUAAAGCUCAGUCUAAGUUUUUUUUUUUUAAAAAAAAACCAUUUAACAUCAGUUUAAAAACAUGGAUACAUAUGCUAUAAUGUUAUUGUUUUAGUUAAAUAAAUUGUUCAAAUUGUUAUUAAGGAAAUUAUUAUUUUUCUUCUUCCAAUAAAGUACAGCAGAAAAGUUGUCCAAAUAUAAACAGUUAACUUAUUGAACCUCACAAUAAUUUCAUAAUUAUUGUUCUAUGUAUUUCUAAUAGUAUAACCAAAUCAGUAAUUUUUGAUAUAACUGUAAAAACUACUCUGAAAAUUUAUUCUUCCAAAAAUGAAACCUUCAUCUGGUUGUAAAUAGUAAGAUUAUACCAGCAAGGAGUCUUUCUGUAAAAAAUAAUAAUGAUUUAAAUCAAGUCUUACUGACUAGUGAUUUAAAUCAUGAUUUAAAUUUAUUUGAUUUAAAUCAAAUCUACCCCUGAAUGAAAGAGCAACCUGAGCACUAAUUUGGCUGCUUUAAGGAAAUGACCCUGAAGAAGCUUCUUGUUGUCCUGGAAACCUUUCCAAGAAUCUUGGUUCUUUGGGGAAAGCCCUAGACAUUGAAUGAAAAGCUCUAUGGAAAUAGCAGAAUCCAGGACAAGCCCCUGAACUUCUUUUAAGAAAAGGUUGUUAUAAUUAUUCCUCCAUUGCACAGUUGAGUUUUUGCCUUUUUGAGUUUUUCUGUCCCAUCCGAAAGGUACUGUCUUUAUUGUCUUUUCUUUGUCUGUGAAAAACUUUGGUCUUCCAGCAAGCCUUUUAAGUGGUCUUUACUGGCAGAGAAAUUGUGUUUCUAUAUAUAUAUUUAUUUAUUGAUGAUAUUUUUUAUUAUUAAAUUUUUCUGAGCUGUUUCAUGGGAAAUGGCUAUUAAAUAAUUUUCCCCUUUUUAACAACUGGGGGAAAGUUCAGAGUAACAAGUGGUGGCAAUGUGAAUGCCUGGAAGUUGAGUUGGAGCCAGCCCACAUGUUAUGGGCACAUUCCUCCCUUCCUUUUAAAAUGGCAGUCAUUUACUUUUGAAAUGAAUGUGUGAGUUAAGCACUUUUCUUAUUUGGCGAGUCCCUCAUCUUUAGGAGAGACUGAACUACUUCUAACCCUCUCCUCUUCGCAGAACUGCCAGCUAUUUCCUGUUCCUUUGCAUUUGUGUAGAAAACGUGGUCUUGGGGGGGCGGCGGCUCACUGAACCCCACUGUCUGUCUGGGUUAGAGGUGGGGAACCUCCAGUCCAUGGGCUGAAUUCUGUUUGGCACAGGUUCUGGUUUGGCCUGUGAGGCUGUUUUCCCCAGACCACGGCCACCUACCCAACAUCAUACACGAUGAGGGAGAGUCGUGGGUUUGAUUGGAUGUGCCGCUCAGUCCCCCAUAGCGAACUUGAGCAUACCGCUUGAAGUCGCCACCCAUCGGCUGGCAGCCCGUGACUUCAAGCCUACUAGGUCAGGUGCAUGGCUCAGUUCCCCGGUGAAUACAGUGGUGCCUCGCAAGAUGAAAUUAAUUCGUUCCGCGAGUUUUUUCGUCUAGCGAAUUUUUCGUCUUGCAAAGCACGAAAUCCCAUAGGAAUGCAUUGAAAUCCAAUUAAUGCGUUCCUAUGGUCAAAAAAAGUCUAAACAAAGCCAAAUUUGGUACAACAAGAGUUUAUUAAGUGCUCUUUAAAGUCACACAUACUGUAAAGAGCAUUUCAAAAAUUGAAGGAACAAUAAAUUAAGUUUCUAAACAUGACAGAAAAACAUUUAAAAAUCAACAAAGUGUACAGUACAUUUUCUAAGACUCUGGGGGACAACUCGAAGAAGGUUCCUCUUCCACUCUUUGCUUCUUGCUGAAGAACCCCCUCCUCAACUGUUCCCCCAGCCACCCACCACAUAGAAAUUCAAAUCCAGAAUUUUUUUUAAAAAACAGCAGAGUGGCCCAAUGGUCACAGAAAAUCAUAAAAAUGCAGGGAAAAAACCACAAGCUUCCAGAUUCUUGCAAACCCCUCCCCAACACCAAGUCCUUGAAUUCCAAACACCCCAACCCAAAAUCCAAAACCCCCCAAAAAAGUUUUAAAAGUUUAACUUACCAAAUGACUGCAAAAGAAGUUUUGGAAAAGCUUCAAAAAUCACCAAAGUCUUCAAAAACCUCAAAAAAGGCUAUGAGUUGCUCCUCGAAGUCAAGUCACAACUGAAUUAACGGUGUUAAGAAAAAGGAAACAAACUUGCAAGACGUUUUCGUCUUGCGAAGCAAGCCCAUAGGGAAAUUCGUCUUGCGAAGCAGCUCAAAAAACGCAAAACCCUUUCGCCUAGCGAGUUUUUCGUCUUGCGAGGCAUUCGUCUUGCGGGGCACCACUGUAGAAAUAAUUCCCUAGAGUUCUUUAAGCUAGUGGAUCUGAAAGCUGUAACCAGACAGCAGGCUAUCCCUGGAAAAGUGCUAGAUCUGCAGAGAGGCUUCCCAGUAGCUCAGCCAGGUGGAUCUGUGGGGCAAAUGCGGGGAAGGGAGAUGCUGCAGCUGACUUCAGGUGUGUUUAACUGGUUUGUAGGAAGUUAUUGCCAGGCCUGUGCCAGUCCUUGAGCAGGAGAAGUUAAUGGAGUGAGUCUGGAAUGGUUAGUGUAUUUGUAAUAGUGACUCCUGAGAAAGUUUUUUGCGCUCUCGUAAUAAGAAGGAGCCGAGCUUUGUCACUUCCCACUUUAGUACUGAAAAGGCCAUACUGGACAAGACCAGACUUGCUUUGCUCCCUGUUAUUGGCAGUGCAUUGCGCACCUGCCUCUGGGUGGACUGUGCUAGUUUAGAGGGACUUCAGAGUUCAUUUAGGAUGAGCUCAAUUAGAAUGCAAGUUUGUGUGUUUGAGGGGGGAGUGGGAGACGUGAAACUACUGGAUUACUUUCAGUUGUAUGUGUUUUGUUUCUUUUUAAGGGCCGCUUUUGAUUCUUAUCUUUCCCUGUCCUGGAUCGAUUAGGGCAAAAAGUACUUAGGAGAAACUGCUGUGCCCCAAGGAAAGGGAACUCUGUCUUUUCUGCAUCUUGCCAGUUAAAUUAUUCUGCCUUGUGCACAUGAAGAAAGCUUGUUGUAAGGUUGCCUUGGGAGCUUCUUCACGCUUGGUGCUGGGAACGCUCAAGGGACAUUCCAGAGUCCCCAAGGAAGUGUGUGAAAUCCCAGAAGAGGGGCUGUGUGUUUUCGUGUCUGUGUGUGGUCUCUUUGCUUGCUAAAGUUGCUGUAAAGUGUCACUGCUUAUGGAAGCAUACUUGACUGCCCUUUCUUUUUGCUUGAAAGGUGUGAUGGCCUCUCAUCAGCCUCAUAUUCCAGGAAAAUGCGGGCUGCUUGGUUUAUCUCACACUCGCGGGAAGAGCGGCAGUGUGGAUUCUGAUCUGCAGUUUCUAGGACUGAGCAACCCCUGGCAAGAUAAAGGUAUUUGUAGAAUGACCAUCUUUUAAGCAUUUGUGCAUGCCAGACCCAUUCCAGCAUGCCCUGUAGCACUCUGUUGGGUGGGUCAGAUCUGCAUUGCAAAGCAUAUAAGAGGAUGGCUUGCGUUGAUCCAGUUUAUUGGUUCAACCAAGAGUCAGUGUGGUGUAGUGGUUAAGAGCGGUGGACUCGUAAUCUGGUGAACCGGGUUCGCUUCCCCGCUCCUCCACAUGCAGCUGCUGGGUGACCUUGGGCUAGUCACACCUCUUUGAAGUCUCUCAGCCCCACUCACCUCACAGAGUGUUUGUUGUGGGGGAGGAAGGGAAAGGAGAAUGUUAGCCGCUUUGAGACUCCUUUGGGUAGUGAUAAAGCGGGAUAUCAAAUCCAAACUCCUCUUCUUCUUCUUCAAACUGGCGAAGCACUUGCAACGGUUUCCCGGGCCAUGAGCAGAAGUCUUUCCUGGCUUUCUGCUGUCUGACAUCUUUAACCUGAGGUGCACAGAGCAUGUGCAUGACUGCAGAACUGUAGCAAUAAUAAUAGGACUCAUUAUGUUCUGAAGCCCUUUAAGGUCAAAGCUCUGUGCUAUAUAUUACUUCUUCAUGCACUGCAUGCAUGUAUGGGUCAGUUUCCUCCUCUGAAAUGAAUGGUGAGCCCUUGCAAGCAUUGAGUACCCAGUGAUGCAGCUGCUGUGCCUUUUUUCUUCUUUUGCUUGUUAGGAAGCAGGAACACUGGCAAAGAGCAUGAGGAAAGUAUGGAGCCCAGCUCAUUCGGCCAGGCUUGGGCACAGGGCCCUUGGUUCUUGCUCCAGCCCACCUGCUUAUUCUCCAAACCUAUAGUGCAGAAUUGCAUCUGCAGUAGGGGGCAGAGAAGGAAUAAAUUAUGCAGAAUUAUUUAUGCCCAUGAAGCCAAAGUGGCAGACCCAUUUGUAUGUCACAGACCAUCAGUUAAGCAAAGUAACAUGUCCUUUUUGAUAUGCUUAUGACUUCAAGGAAAAUCUCUCUGUGUGACUGGUGCUUGAAGAUUGGUUAUCAGACAGGUUAGACAAGAAAUAGUUUUAAAAUGGUUGUGUUUCCUUUCAUGCUUCUUUAACCUGGAUCGUUCAUUUCUUUUCCCCUCCCAACCAGUGUGUGCCAGCCUCAGUUUCACCAGCAAGCCUCAGCGGACCUUCUGCAGCCCACCUGAGCAUGCACCGCCUCUCCUGGGCUCCCACCCCAGCCAAGGAGCUUUCAUCCUUCCGUCCUACCCGUUCUCAUCGCCCCGGCACAGUCCAAAGCACACCUCCCCUCCUGCGGACUCGCUCAAGAAGUCGCAAGACUUCUCUAAUUCCUGGCCUCUGAAGAGUUUCGAAGGGCUUCCAAAACCUAGUCAUCAGAAGAAGUUUUCCAGCCCGAUGGCAGGAGAGGACGCAGGUACGUGCCCUGGUGGAAAUAGCUUGAUGCAGUCUCCAGUAAUGUGUGCUGAACCUGGUAAGGAAGGGUUGCCAAAGCCGAAAAGAGAAGGAAAAGGAAGGUGCUACCUCACCUUGCUGCAACCCAGUCUCCAGCAACGGCCGGGGGGGGGGUGUCUUCCCGGGCCCCAGGAGGGAGGAGGGCGGCUGAGGUCAGCACUGGCAAGAAGCAGACAACCAUGGAAAUCUCUGCGUUUCUAUUUUGCACACUGCUUCCCACACACACUUCCUUUACAUGUUACUGAUCAGUCACCAAGCAUCUGCCCAAAUAGGGGGAAUCUUUCUUUGCCUCUAGAAAGGGGCUAUAGCUUCAGGAGUUGGCAAAUUCCAGAGAAAGGGAGUUUCACAGUCGGUGAGUAACUGGCAUUGUGACAAGCGGGGGAAGAAGCCGUCUCAGCGUCUGCAGGGCUCAAGUUGUUGAGGGAUUUAUAGGUCAAAACCAGCAUCUUGAAUCAUAUCUAGGAAACAAUAUUAAAAGCCAGUGUGGACUGUGCAUCAAUAGUGCAGAAUGUCAUUCCCUUCUGUAUAUAUAAAAACUCUACUUUUAAAAUGUUCUGAAUGUGUGUUCUCUCUGCAUGUGUUUCUGAAUCAGAGGGAAAGCCACAGGAUACGCCUCCCAUUCAGCUGAAACCUGCCUUUGUGAGAUCGCCGGCUUCGCGGAGAGGCCUGAGUGGAACAAAACCAGUGCCUCCCAUCCCCAGGGGCCUUAGUCCCUUACCUGACAGAGUGGAAAUCAACGUGGUGGGACACAAGAACGGGGAGCCAGAAGACAUCUGGCUGAAUGAGAGAGACAGGAAGCUGGCCAUCGAUCUUUCAGAGUUGAAUGUCAAUGAAAAGGAGCUGGAUGAGGAAGAGGUGGGGGCUCAGUGUGCUGUUUUUACUCUUAAGAAAGGGUGAAUAGCAAAAUUAUUUUCCUGGGCUUCCCAUAGGAUGUAUACACAUGACCAACACAGGUUUGUUUGUAGUUUCUGUAUUCCAUGUUGCUUUCUUAUCAUAGGCACUGCAGGGGGAGAGAUGGGAUGAUGCAUCUUUUAAACAAAAUUCUGCUCCUCACUCCAGUAUCCAGUCGUAGGCAGGCAGCAGAUAAUUCUGUAACCUCACACUUGCGCUUCCUCACAGCAUCCAGCUGGGAUCACGUCUCCUCCCUUCUUUUCAGAUGCAGAGUUCUCUCCGCUCCUUACGUAACAGCGCCGCCAAAAAGAGAGCAAAGCUAAACGGCAGCACUUCCGACCUCGAAAGUCCAGACUCUGUCCUGAAACUCGACCUGACCUCAGAGUCUCCUUCUUGCUUGUCGUCCCCAAGCACCAGCUCCUACAGUGAAAGUGGGGUGUAUAGCCAGGAGUCCGUGACAUCCCCGCUUUCGACAGCCCCUCAGGGAAUGAGAACAAUGUGAGUGUCAUUCAUAGCACGAGGGGGGAAUCGAGGGGUGAAUCCACAGCCCAUGGCUUGGGGGUGGGGGGAAGGGGAGGUUUCCUUAUCCCAUGUGGGCCUUUUCCUGGAGGUGGUGAUGCGGGGGACUGAACCAUCUGGGCCCCCCUGCAUUCAAAGCAAGAGUUCAGUCACUGAGCUGUGGAGGGGCAGUCCUUGCUUUCUUUUGGAGCCUUCAGGGGUUGCUGAGCACUGAUGGAGGUGGCUGGGGACAUGUUAUGCCAGUGCUCCAGAAUAUGCGCUUGCUGAAGCCUCCUGGGUGCCAUUCUCCAGUCAAGGCUCGGUGGUUUGUGCUCCUUGUCCCUCAUUUGAACUCCUAUAAACAACAGUUAAAACAACAGCACGUGCAUAGAAGCAGUUCAUAUCCAAGGCAGACGCCAACUGGGAUAAAGGCUUUAGAAGGCAUGUUGAAAGAGAAACUUGAACUUGCCAUCCUUCUUCCGGGUGCUGGGAGCUGCUCUUAGUGGCUUUUCUGUGCGCAGUGAAACACCCACUUGGAGGGAUGGUGUUUCUGGGCCAUGUGAAAAAGUUGCUCCAUUUCCCGUGUAUUCUCGGUCCCCGGAGAGCUGGUUCCUCCCUGCAAAUUCUCUCGGAUGAGUAAUAGUGAAAGCUGGAGCACUUUGUGCAGGGUAGGAACGAGUUAACAAAAGUGCCUUUCUUGCUGCCACAGGUCGGACAUAUUCCCUCUCCUUGGAGGUAACUCCCAGCCAAUGAAGCUCUCACCAACACGGAAUCGGGGUCCCAUAACCGUGGAGCAGAGUCCCACCACAGGUAGUCUGUAGGGCACAUAAGGACAGCAUGGAUUUAAUGGAGUUGUUCUUUUUGCAGUGUCUCUAGAUGCUCCAGUGGGUGUCCCUUUGCUGACCUUCCAGGUCAUUGAAAGAGGGUGGGCAGGCAGCAGCCAUAGUCCCAGCUAGCUUUUUAAUGUGGAUUUGCAAUCAGGUCGCAUCAUAUGUGGGGGUUGGGCUCUAAAGGUUGGACAUAAUAAUGUGAAAAUGCAUAUUGCAAAAAUUACCUUUUCAUUGGCCGGGAAAGAAAGGGAAGCCUCUUCCAUGUCUCUGCUGGCUCCCCUCCUCCCCAUGUAGUGACCCAGAAAGCAUGGAGGCAGGCAGGCAGAGGUGGGAGGAGGAAGGCGGGCAGAGAGUGAUGCAGGCAGAAGAAAAAGGCUGGAAUGGAGCUGCAGCUGGGUGGGUAAAGUUGAAUUUGCGUAAAUACAAUGCGCAUAUGAUGUGACUCAGCUGUAUUGCUGGGAGGGGUCAAAACAAUCUUUGAAGACUCUACACAUUAAGAAAAUAAAGGCACUGCAAACUGUCAGCAUAUUAAUUUUGAUGUCCUAGAAUGACUGUACAUAAAUAUACAUGCUUUUUGUGAGAUUUGCUUUAAAGAAGUUACUAAAAACUUUGACUUGGUGUUUGGCUGGUAUUGGAUCAAUUUUAUGAAGCAAUGUUUCUAGAACCAGAAACUUUUCUUUCAGAAAAACAUAGUGGUGGGAAGUUUUCUACCCCAGCCACAUUACUACUUCCCCAAACAUGUACUGAGACCUAAAUUCUAGUUUUCCUUGGACUAUCUCCCAAAGCGCAUAUCAUACAUGUGUUAACUCUUUUCACCGGGUUGUGGCAAAAAUUCCCCAGGCAGGCAUACCUCCUGCAAGCAGUUUGUAAACGCAGAAUUCACACUCUGGCCAGCUCAGGACUGCGGCAUUUGCAAAUUUAGGCAUCUUCCUGUGUUGCUCUUGGGAACAAUUUGCUGUGGAUUCUGCCUUCCAGGGAUAAUGUUUCAUGAAAAAGCGGCUUCCAGCGUGAGCAUCAGCGGCCAGCGCCUGAGCUACGGGAACGGAUCAGGAGAUUAUGAAGAGGACAGACAGAAAGUGGCAUCGCCCGCCAUCCUUAAAGGGCAGAGUAAAGAGCACCAAAGGCACUGUAAAUCCACCAAAGGUGAGCAGGUGGAGGGUGCCGGAAGGGAGGGGCUUCGACUCUUAGUCUUCCUUUCUGAUGCUCUGUGUGUGAGAGAGCAAGAGAGAGAGAGUAAAGUGUUCCCUUCAGAUGUGUUAGAAUCUAGCUUUUCAUUUUAAGAUUAAACUGGAGGAAUGUUUCUGGGGGGAAUGGGAGUGACGGCACACGCUUUGGACCUGAUCCAGAGCUGUGUGGUGCUGCAGUAGGCAUCCAGGUCCUCCCUGAGAGCAUUUGCUUCUCUGUCUUUGGAUAAGGCUCCAGAGGGUAAGCGGAGGCCCACUUGUGUACUGGAUCCACUGGUUUGGACUGUUGAUAUCAAAUGCAAAACCAGAAAGGAACUUUCUCAGUGUCAUGGAUGCAAAGCACAAAUAACUUACAAGUAGUCUUAACACCCGGUUUUUGUUUGUUUUUCUAGGGUUUACAGGGCCCCCUUCGAGUUUACAGCAGCUAACUAGCUUAGACUUCAUUUCACCGAGUGCCUUGUCAGAAGACUCUGUAGUCAUUGUUGGAAAAGGUAUUUCGAACAAGCACUUCCUGAUUACAGUGCUUCUUAUGCUGGCCUGAAAGAUUGUCUCACCUCUUAUACAGGCAGGCAGUCACUGGGCUCUGCAGGGCCUCCUUCAGAACCAUCCUAUCGGGAGGUCCACUCCACCCCAUGGAGGAAUUGGGCCUUUAGUAUUGUCUCUCCCCUUGAAUAUUGGACGUUUCUGUUGCCUUUUCAGCACCAACUGAAGAUCUUCCUUUUUCAAUAGCCCUUUUAAAUUCCCAGUCUGCAUCCGGAAUGUUCUUAAGAUGUUUCAUCGCUUUUGCCAGCCUGGACUCGUUUGUGGGGAAAAGAGGGGGAUAUAAAUUUCAUUAAUAAAUAAAUAAUAAAUAAAAUUAUAAGGAAGGCUUAAAAUAUAUUUUGCUUUAUCAUCCUUCUCCCCCACCCAACUCCCUUGUAUAUGUUUUUGUUGGAGUGGGAAGUCACCUGGUCCUGUGUAAACAUUGCUUGCUGAGCAAAUGGUAGCUGUGCUUCCCUUUUCCUGCUGGCGAUAAAAGAGGCAAAGAAAACAGUUCCUGUGCACAUUGAAUGAUCUUGGUGCUGUCGUCACCUUGUUUAAACCUGUGCAUAAAAUGGUUGUGUUUAAAGAAAUAAUGUAUGCCAGAAAGAAAAAACAUGAUCAUGUGUGUUAGAUCUUUCAUGAUAACCCAAUAAGACAUACAUGUCUUUUUAGGAGUGUUUGGAAGCCCGCCUUCAGCUCCACUAAGUUAUGGCCAGUCCCUGAUAUUCUCCAUGGAGAAUGGAGAUGCACCUUCGUUCAAGCAAAGCAUGGAGCCGCUUUCCGGGAUCUACGGGAGAGCCGUCCAACAGCAAAACCCUGCACUUUAUUUUGAUGUGGAAAACGAAAGAGAUGUAAGAAUGGAAAAUACGUUGCAGAAGGGGGACUGUCACAAAGACGAGCUUUCUGAAAAUGCAUAAUGCACCCGUGUGCCACGGUUGCUACGAUUGCAUUUUGUUCUUGUUGAUGUUGUUUAAUGUGUUAAGAUGUUGCAUGUGGCCAGAAAUGCGCCUACAGAUAAUGGGCUCAGGAACGAAUUGCAUAUAGUUCCUGAUGCAUACUGCGGCACAGUGACAAAUGCCGGCAUGAUCCCAUUCUGUUAUCCUAAAAGGUUCCAGCAAGUUUAAACAAUAAUGCACAACCUUUUUUUUCACUAGGCUAGAUAAUGCUGAGUGAGGCCCUAUUUUAUUCUUAACUCUGGUUAGGAGACUUACUUUUCACUUUUGUUCAUUUCUCCUUUGUGCUAAAGUAUGUGCUACAGCCAUCUGCAGUCUCUUAGCAAUUGUUGACCUCUCAAUAGCUGAUCACUCAGGUGCAAAGUGCAUCAGUGUUAACAGUGCAGCCAUGGUGUUAUUUGCAUGACUGUUGCUUGAAUCAUCCUGCUUUUCUGCUGUGGAAAUGUUAUUUGAGUACCAAAAUGGGGUGGGUGGGUGGGUGUUUGAUUGAAAAAAUGAGGAAAUUAUUGUGAGGGAAAGGGGACUUGUUCUGUUUCUCACUGAAGUGCUAUGUCACAUCAUCCAUUAAGAUAUUGUUGUCCUCCAGAAAUGAAGUCAGACUGCUGGAGACUCCACCAAUAAUAUUUAGAAAUUUUGACUUUCAGGUGUCUCUUGAAGACUUUUUAUGCCAACGGUCCUUCAUAGCUAUUUUAUUUUUGAUGAGCCUGGCAUCAUUUUUUGUUUUAACAUUGUAUGCCACCUUGAUAUUUUUUGAUACGGUGGGUAUAAAAAUACUUAACAUAAAAAAGUACACUUUCUUGUUCUAUGCAGAUGAAAGUUGCCUUAUCCAAAUCUGCCCGGGAGAAGAUGAGACAGAAGAAGAGAGAAGAAAAAGAAUAUCAGGAAAUUAGAGAUCUUGAAAGAAAGGAAUCGCACACUUGGGAACUGCUUAAGCACAAUGAAUCGGAGAAGAAGACAGCCGAAACCAGUAAGCCAAAUUGUUGUUUUUAACUGCUCUUGCAAUGCCACCUUGUAAAUGCGCCUGUGAAAGUCACUGACCUGCAGGUCCAGCUCCAUCAUUCAUUUCUCUGCUGUGCAUGGAGGGAGAGGCCUCUCUUCCUCUGGCAGGCUGCUUGGUCUCUGUGUGCAGAUCGCAAAGGAAGGAUGAAACAUUGAAAGCAACAGUGCUUUAAGAUCCAUUGAGCUCUGUUUCUUACUCCAAAUGCAAUUUCUUUCUGGUAUGGUUUGGGGUGUGCAUGGUACUUGUUUCUCUAAAUCAUCUGGGGGCUGUACAAAGAUUAAAAGAGGCUUGCGAUUUAAGUAACUUAUGGGGAUAUGCUGUUAAUGAAAUCUGGUUCUUUGCCCUUAGGAAAUGCUGCUUUCAGUCCUCUGUUGAAAAGAAUGUCAAGUGUAAAAAGGGCACAGCCUUCGGUCUUGCUAGAAUCAGGUGAGACUUUGCAGCUCAAAUAUAAAAAAGAGGUUGUUGCCGUGUCACGUAUUGUGGGGCGUCUCAGAUAGGUUGCUUCUACCGUUGGGAACAUCUGGCUAUCCCUGGGGCUGGGGCUGCCUCUGGUUGCUCUGCCUAUGCAGCCACAUGCUCGUCAUGUGCUACUAGUCCCAUUGCACUUUUGAAUCACCAACUGGGCAAUGCUUGCAGGUGAAGUCUCUCCAGGUCCACGAAUGCAGUUGAAAGACCGGGUGCUGUCUGUCACGCACAGUCCAGAGAUAAUGGAACCAUCCGAACUGAGACCCUUCCCUAAACCUGAACUUGCUCUUUCGGAAGCCCUGCAUUAUCUUGCGGAAGACGACUGGUAUGUGUCCCAGGUUAUCUUUCUCUUCUUUAUUUUUAUUGACUCUGUCAUGCAAUCAGCAAUUAGAAUUGACGUCCGCCCAGUGCUGCUUGCAUAGCUUUGUGAUGUUUUCAUUUUCAAACACAGGGAGAAGAAGAUUGAAGGCCUGAACUGGAUCAGGUGCCUCUCUGCCUACCACCCUGAUGUCUUGACGGCAAAGCUGCACGAAACCAGCCUGUCUGUUGUUCAGGAGGUUAACCUCACCUCUCCUAUCUAGAUCUUUUCCUGCAAUUUCUUGGCUGAUGGUUUUGAGGGGAGCGUUGAAGUGGGCGUAGCAUUACAGCCGCUUGCCCUGGCUUUUUUUGUGUGUUUGGCACCUCGGCUCCUCCUACACCUCCCGUCAAGCCUUUAUCUAAAAGUUAGAUUGUUAAUUCAGCUUGUUACUUCCACAACUUAUGGCAAAAUCCUAACCACAAUUAAGUCCCAGCUAAGAGGGGUUAGGGUCACAGCCUAAAUUCACCAGCACAUAGGGCAGCCUAUAAUUUAACACUAGAUACUGAAGUGGGGAUUUUGCUUGGCUUCUUUUUCAUGUCUGUCAAAUAUGGCAUGCAGGCAAAAUGCUGUUUUUUGUGCCUUUUCUGGCCUACCAAGCCUAAGCAAAGGUGGUCCUUGAAUUUGGUCCCUCUAAUUCCAUUGGCAUUUUCUAAUGGACUGAGUUGGGGCUGAAUUCCAUAAUGACAGCCAUGUUACUUUGUAGUAGCAAACAAAACAGUUGAUUUAACAGAAAGCAUAUAUUGCUUGAGUGUAACAAAACGUUUGAGUGGUUUGCAAAAAAUUAAAAUUAUCAGUAACAGUAAGUGGUUAAAACAUUUGAAAGACAAUUAAAAUCAGCAGUAAACUAAAAAGAGAUUAAAACACAUCAGCUUUUACACGUCUGUGUAGGCUUGCCUCAACAAAAAUGUUUUAUGCGGGUGCUGAAAAGACUAGACAGUACACCUGCUUAGUGUUCAUAGGCAAGGAGUUUCAAAGUGUGGGUGCUUGCCACACUAAAAUAUAUAUUUUUUUAUUUUGUUAAAUGCAGAACAAGUACAGUCAUACCCCGGGUUGAAGUUGCUUCAGGUUGAGCGUUUUCAGGUUGCGCUCCGCGGCGAUGCGGAAGUAACGGAACGCGUUACUUCCAGGUUUCGCCGUUCGCGCAUGCGCAGAUGGUUAAAAUGACGUCAUGCGCAGAAGCGGCAAAUUGCCAUGCGCAGAUGUGGGUUGCGUUCACUUCAGGAUGUGAACGGGGCUCCGGAACAGAUCCCGUUCGUAUCCAGAGGUACCACUGUAUUAUGUGAUACUUGUAACCUGUGCCAGUUCUGCAGUGGUGGGCCCUUUGGGGUAAGGCAACCCUGCAAGUAAACUGUUCCCAAGCCGUUAAGGGUUUUAUAUACCAGUAUACACCUUGAGCUUCAACCAGUGCAGAUCUCUGAGCACACGUGUUACCUGCUGACAAGGACUCCAGUCGGCAGCUAUGUUUCGGCGUUCUGCACUAACUGUAGCUUCCAGGUCAAGCACAAGGAAAGCCCCACAUAGAGUGCAUUGCAGUUAUCCAGUCCUAGAAGUCCCUGUUGCCUGAACUACUGUGGUCAAGCUCUCCCACUCAAGGAUCAGUGGUAGCUGCCAUGCCAGACACUGGGCCUCCAGAGGCAAAGCUGAACCCAAAAGUGCCCUCAGACUGCAACCCUGUCCAACGCAGGCAAUUUACUAUUUUCUCAGGUCUAGGGAAACAUUCUCAGUGCCUCUGCUGUCUCGUCUGGAUUUAAGGCCACCGUUGCAUUUUGCCACCAUCAUCUGACUCAAGGUCUUUUCUUUCGCACAGGUGAAGAAUUUGCGUUCCGUUGUUUCCCGAGCUGCCGUGGUUUGCUUAGGGGACUUGUUCAACUACCUGAAAAAGAGCAUGGAUCAAGAACUGGAUAACACGGUGAAAGUCCUCUUGCACAAGGCUGGGGAACUGAACACCUUCAUUAGGGAGGAUGUGGACAAAGCCUUGAAGGCCAUGGUGAACAACGUGACACCAGCACGGGCACUCUCGUCUCUGAUCAACGGUGGCCAAAGGUGAGCCUCUGGGACUCUUCAGAGCUUCUCCUGCUCCUUAUUUGCUCCUUUGUAGGCCUCUUCGUUGUCAAACAAAUGUAGUUCAUAAUAAGAGCCAGUGUGGUAUGGCAGCCACAGUGUUGAACUAGGACCUGGGAGAUUGGGGUUCAGAUCUGCACUUGACCAUGGAACUCACUGGAUUCCACCUUCGGUCAGUUGCUGCCUCUCAGCCUUACCUUCCUCAUGGGGAGGAGGAGGAGGAGGACUAAGUGUGUCACCUUGAGGCCUUGGAGAAAAGGUAGGGUAUAAAUGAAAUAAAAUACCGUAUUUUUUGCUCUAUAAGACUCACCAGACCACAAGACGCACCUAGUUUUUGGAGGAGGAAAACAAGAGAGAGAGAAAAUUGAAUCUCGGAAGCCAGAACAGCAAGAGGGAUCGCUACGCAGUGAAAGCAGGAAUCCCUCUUGCUGUUCUGGCUUCUGGGAUAGCUGCGCAGCCUGCAUUCGCUCCAUAAGACGCACACACAUUCCCCCUUUUUAGGAGGGAAAAAGUGAGUCUUAUAGAGCAAAAAAUACGGUAAAUAGCAGUAGUUAAUCCUUGCUGUGUGAGCUCCACUGGAAGAAAUGGGACUCACACGGGAGCAUUAUUGAGAUGAAGUCCAGUUAGAAAUGUGUGCAAGCUGUUUUGAAAGGUGUGCUUGGUAGAAAGUUAGGACAGGCAAAUUCUAUGUGAGUGCAGAAGCCCCGUCACAUAAACCAGUCGCUCAUCACACUUCAGAAAAGUAUUUCUUUCCUGCAGCAGAACUUUGAGAGAGCCGCUUUAUUGCAACAGUGAUUCAUAGGCUUUCUUCCUUGGUUGCUGCUGCUUCUGCAUGAAACAAAACUGUCAGUUGUUGUUGUUUUUUUUAUAAUGAUAUUUAUUAAAGUUUCACAAAAUUAUACAAAACAAAGAAAAAAGUAUAAAGUACAGCAAAAAAGUAGAAAAUAAGAAAAAACAUACAAAAUAAAACAGUUAAAAACACAAUAAUGUUCCAUAACCUAUCUUCCUUACUCUUAUUUCCCCGGACCUCCUCAUACCUCCCUUCUUUGUAUUCCAGUUCCAUUUGUUGGUUCAGCAAAUCCUUACCUAAAACUGUCAGUUGUUGAAAGGUUUCUUGUCAGCGCAUUCCUACAAGGCACCUGCUCUCUAGUCCAGAUUACGUUGGGAGAAUGGAGUGGGGCUGCUUAUUGGUCAUCCAGCCAGAUCCACUGCUUUAACUCCAGAUGAUCUCCACAUUGCUGUGAUCUGCAGCUUAAAGGAAGGGUUCUGCUGUGCAGCUGUGGAAGUUUUUAGGGUCUGCUUUCAAAAUCAUUGUUUCACACACUUCUCUCUUGCGGAUGUUUUCCUUUCUUCUUGUUCCCGUUAGCCACUUGAACACAGCAGUGAGAAGAUGUGCAGCCCAGCACUUGUCAGAUGUGGUGGAGCACAUGGGGCCGGGCCGAGCGUUGUCGGGCAUUAAGGAUGUGACUGACAAGCUUCUGUCUGCAGUAGCCAAAUUUGUCCAAGACGGAUCACAAGAAACAAGGUGAGUGAGCAGAUGCAGAGCGAAAAGGAAUAUGGGAUGCUGUGACCUCCCAACUUGUCUGGAAACCUAGAUUCACACAUGAAGAAAUGUGAAUAUGUAAUGGCAGAAAUAGCUGACGGAUCAGAGACUGGGGAGGAAAUGAAAGAAGCUCAGGUCACAUUUUUUCAGCUGAUUUUUCAAGCUUGAAAAAUCUCAGUAUAAGCUUUAGAAAACACCAUUUGAAAGUUUUCUACAUUUCUAAACUGGUUCAUAAUGAGAGCAUUGCAUAAAAGUGCAGUUUGUCUUCCAGCUGCAGUUUUAUGCAUGUUAAGUUCAUGCAAAUUGGUUCAUCACUAGAGGCUCCAUAUGCAGAUUACUGAUUGACAUCUGGCUCCAAAUACAGUUAUUGUCGUGAUUCCCAACUUUUGAUCUCGCUGCUCCUUUUUUUACACAUGCAGAGAAUACAUUUUGUAUGUACAUAAUUAGCAAAGCCGAAAUAAUUGAUAUGAGCAUGGUUUUAUAUGAAUGCCUUCCUGUGGUUCAUUGAACCAUUGGAAUUGUUGGAAGAGGGACCCCAAGGUUCAUCUAGUCCAGCCCACUACAAUGCAGGAAACAUGAGCCCUCAAAUGCUUCACAAAUAUGAUAUGGGGUGUGUGUGUGUGUGUGUGUGUGUUACUGAGUUGUUGUUUUUAUUUUGAUUACAUAUUUUGUGGUUUUAUAUUUUGAUUUUGUUCUGUGAACCACCCUGAGACCUCUGGGUAUAGGGCGGUAUAAUAAUAAUAAUAAUAAUAAUAAUAAUAAUAAUAAUAAUAAUAAUGUACAUUUUACAGAAAGACUUCUUUACUGCUUCAUAAUGUACAUCCCAGGGAGGUGGGGCAAGGUGUGAACAGCCCUGAGAUCUACGGGUGAAGGGCAGUAUACAAAUUUAAUAAAGGAACAGACAGACAGACAAUGAGUCUGUUACUGAGCUCAGGUAUCCUCAGUCAAGCAUUAUUAUUGUUGUUAUUUUACUAAAGAAUCAGGCCUGACAGACAUGCGUUGUGUUACGUUCAUGGGUGUAAAUCUACUCAUCUGAUUUGUGGUGGAUGCAGGUACUAUGGACGGAAGAUGCUCUUCACUUUGAUGACACACGCAGACUUCGACAAGAUGCUUGAAAAGUAUGUGCUGCCAAAGGACUUGCCUUACGUGAAAGAGACUGUCAGCAGCCUGCGGCAGAAGGUAGGCUGUGAAGAAUGUAACGUCGUGUAUUAAAAACAAGAGGCAGGGAGAUUUGUCAGAUUUUGGAAGUAGUGAUGAACUGACCGCUGCUGCCAAGGUUUUGCCAACUUGACAAUUCCAGCUUCUCUUUUAAAGUGUCGGACAGACAGCAGAGGCCUUUGUCUUCGCUGUGUUCAUUGGUUGUCACUUAGAUGACACCUUUGUAUCCCACCUAAAAUAUCCAGAAAUAAUUUAGACCAUCUUUGAGAGGUGACAUCUGAUACACUUCCUGAGAAACAAUCCUUAGUUCUAAUUAUCACAGACAGUGAGGAUGCACCCAUCCUCAUUAGCUUUUCACAAGUCCUGCUUUCAGUCCCUGGCUUGUAAGAUAAUUAGUUGGUCCAUGUUAUAAACCAUGUGUAGGCAAACUAAGGCCCAAUCGCCUUCUCAGUCCAGCCCGCGGACGGUCCAGGAAUCAGCGUGUUUUUACAUGAAUAGAAUGUGUCCUUUUAUUUAAAAUGCAUUUCUGGGUUAUUUGUGGUUCAUAUUUUUUUUCCAAAAUAUAGUCCGGCCCCCCACAAGGUCUUAGGGACAGUGGACCAGCCCCCUCCCUGCUGAAAAAGUUUGCUGACCCCUGUUAUAAACAGGCACAGUUAUUGUUUGCUGCUGCUUUUAUUAUCUGUCUGAGAAACUAUACAUGGAGGCUGAUCAUUAGCCUCCUGACCCUUGGAUUCUUUCAGAAACUGACUUACUGCUUUUAGAACUCUGCAACUAAUGCCCUUUCCACCAGUUAGGUAGAGAACACCUCAUAAAUAUUUUUCCUUAUGCACCCCAAAAAUUUGCUCUUGGGGUGGUAGAGAGAACCCCUGAAACAGCACUUGGUGGGAGAUUGUUCUGUCUGGCAAGUUGAUGUGCUUGUGCAGAUGAAACAUUUGCAGUAACACAAUGUUGAAUUCUACCCUUAAUUUUUUUACCCAGAUGCCCUCUUGGAGUUGUAUCCAACGUUAAUCCUACUCAGAGAAGACCCAUUGAAGUUUGUAAUAAUAAUAAUAUUUUUAAUUUAUACCCCGCCUUCCCCAGCCAAGGCCGGGCUCAGGGCGGCUAACAAGCAAUAAUAAAACAAGUUGAAUGAAUACAACUUAAAAACAAGAUUAAAAUACAACAUUAAAAUAUUGAAACAUUAAAAUAUUAAAAUGCAGCCUCAUCACAGGAGGAGAAAGGAAAAAGAAAGAGGAGGGAAUCAAAUUGGCUCCAAGCCAAAGGCCAGGUGGAACAACUCUGUCUUACAGGCCCUGCGGAAAGAAAUCAGAUCCUGCAGGGCCCUGUAGACAUGACUAUCUUAGGCUCAUUCAUUUUAGUGGGCUUUCUCUGAGUAGAACUUAGCUGGAUAUAACCCACCCUGUCUUUGUAAUGCAAUUUCAGGGUCUGGGAGAGAUGCCGAUAGUCACACCCUCGGCCAAGGGCGGAAGAAGGGGUCACACCAGCAACAUGGACAAUUCGAGAUCAGCCUCUGUGUCGCGAGAAGCGCUCAAUGCUGGUGACAGGUACAGUUGGCCCUUCCUGCUUCAAAAGCUUGGGGGGGGGGCAAAUGGGCUAAGGAGUUGGGAACCUCUCCUGCGUAGCUCUAGAAUCUAUUGAACUAUAUGGGCCUUCUCUGAAGUUAUUACAAAGGCUGCAGAAGUAGGAAAGCUCCGCUGCAAACCUCUUGACGUUCUUCUUUUCAGCAGAGAGAUUAGAGAAGUACGCGAAAUGCCCCGGAAAUUAGCUCCCCGUAACGCCUUGGAAAGUGCGGAAUACGUGAAGGUCAUAACGACGCUGCUGAAUGCAAAAGAUUUCCGGGAUCGAAUUAAUGGAAUCAAGCAGCUGUUGGCAGACACAGAAAAUAACCAGGACCUUGUUGUUGCAAACAUUGUGAAGGUAACCGUAUAAAGAAAAAGCCCUCAACAUCCUUCUUGGAGCUAGCAGGGGAUCCCAUAGAGCAGAAACCAGGAGAUUGAAAUUGGACAAUAUCAUGGCUCCGAGGGGAAAGGGAGAGUCGCUCUAAACAAAGGAGGAGCCUGUUUGUCCCUAUAGGUAGAAGCACAGCUAUAUAGGGGGAGAAAUGAUGUUUGGGGGGGGGGUUCGACCACCGUUCCAGUUAGCCCUGUGUCAUCUACUGCAACUGGCAGCAGUUCUCAAAGGGCACAGGGAAAGAGCUCCCUUGAGUUGGGAAGGGCAGGGAUUGGGUGUGGCAUCUUGUGGCCCCACCACUGAAAUGUACAUGGAAAUGCAAGUGUGUUCGAUCUCUUUAUGGGACUUUGCACGCCCUGCCCUCCUGGACACAUGCUCUGCUCACCCCUUUGCACCAUGGGAUUUGGACCAAGGCCCCUCAUGGCCUGGGACUGGGCACCAGGUUUAGACACCAGGGACUGUCGCUUGGGUUCUGCCUGGCACAUGGAUGUGUUGCAGAGCCUUUGACAAGUUAGCCUUGGCUCUCUAUAAAAUGGUCAGUAAGAAUUUACCCCACUGCAGAAUGAGCAGAACAGGUCGUUUAGGAGCCUGGUUUCCCCGUUUCCUUUUUGAUUAUCUGAUAUUAACUUGUUUUUCAUAUAUUGGCUAUUUCUUGAACAAAAGAAGCCCAGAAUUCUAACUCCUUCACUGACUAUAGUGUUCAGAGAUGUUGGGAUGCACGCGGACCAAAGCGGUCUGCAGCCUCUUCCUUUGUUUUGCCCUCCCCACAAGUGUUGGGAGUAGGCCGCUUGAUGUGUGUGCUGUUGUCCUGGGGCAUCAGCCGCGUUUAGAUCAGCAGGCAGAGCCUGGUCAGCUCGCUGCAUCUGCGUGAGGAAACGGGCUUCCAGCUGUUGUGGUCCUGUGCCCUUGUCUAGAUCUUCGAUGCCUUCAAGUCCCGCUUGCACGACUCCAACAGCAAAGUCAACCAGGUGGCCCUGGAGACGAUGCACCGCCUGAUUCCUCUGCUGAAAGAGAAGCUGUCCCCCAUUAUCAACAUGCUGAUCCCUGCCUUGGUGGACAACAACCUGAACUCCAAGAAUCCAGGCAUCUACGCCGCUGCCACAAACGUCAUCCAAGCCCUCUGUCAACACUUAGGUAAUGGGGCCUUUUCAGCUGCCAGCCACGCUUCGGAAAACAGGGUCGCGAAAAAGAAUUCGCAGCAGGUUUGGGGCUGAGCAACCAGGAACUCUUGUUUCUUUUUCCAUUGCUCAGUUUAUGCAUCUGUUCAUUGUGUGUUGGCACACUGGCGCUCCAGGGGGUGGAGGAAUGUUUCCAAGCUGGAGCAGGCCUCCAGCCAAUUCUGAUGGGGGGGGGGUUAGGAUUCCAAAGGCCUCAUUCUGUGCACUUCCCUGCCAGGGAAUUCCAAAAUAGCCCCUUCCUGGCUAUUCUGCAUCAAACACAGGAUAUAUGUAGCCCUCCUGGGACUCCCACUGAGUUGGUUUUCUUUUUUUUUUAAAUCAUAUUUAUUAAAGUUUCCAAAAAAAUAAAAAUACAAAGAAAAAAGACAAAAGAAAGAAGAUAUUUAAAAACCUUACUUUCAUUCCCUACUUUCUGGGACUCCCCCUCCCCUAAUUGUAUUCCCCUUUCCUUAAUUUGGUUCUACAAGCUCUCACUCCCAAUUUAAAGCUUAAUUUGUUUAACCCACUAUCCAGAUUGAAUUGUACAAAUCUUACCACCGUCCCACAUCAUUAACAGAAAAAGAAAAAAGAUUUUCCCCAAGAUCCACCCCAGUUCCUUCCACAAAUUCCCUUUUUUUAAACACGUCCGAUCAAAGUAAAAUAACAUGCGUAAGUUAUGUAAAGAAAUAGAAAAUAAGAGAUAUAGAAAAAUUCAAAAAAUGGUUACACAGCCUUUGGAUUUCAAAUCUCCCCCCUUCCCGGUUUGAAUUCCCCAUGUCCAUCAGUCUAUACAUUAUCAGCUUGGAAGUCUCAUUUCAUGACCAGAUUUCUCCCGAUUCCAUCUUGCCGGUUUUCUUUUAGUUUAUUAAUUUAAAUAAUAUUUGACUUCAAAUGUCCAAUCUAACAAAGGCCUUUAAUUUCCUUGAUCUUUACCACUCCUCCCGUUGUUCUUUCCGUGUCGUAAUCAGUCCUUUAUUCUUCUUAUUCCUCACUUUCUCAGGUUUCUUGUCCUGUUCAGCUGCUAAAACUUUCUAAUUCAGAAAUCUAGUGUCUCUGCAGAGGUUUGUUAUUCAGGAACAAAAACUUACGUCCAGUCCCUUUCUUUCUUCAAUAAAAAUUCCAUUGUCUUCCUCUGUAGACAAAAUACUCUUUCAGUUUUGCAGCUUUCCCAGAAGAUAACAAAUCCUGUGCGAAUCCCAGGGUAUUUUUCCACUUACGACCGUUCUUGUAGUAUCCCGAAACCCCUCUAGGGGGAUUGUAAUAACUUUGUAUCCUCUAAUCCAAAAGUCAAAUUGUUGCUUAUUUUCCAACAGUUUAUAUCCAUAUUAUAGCAAAUUGUAACAAAAUUAACCAGCAAGGUCCUCAUAAAGUCCUCUUUAUAUUCUCCAGCUUUGACAGCCACUUUGACAGCUGUCAAAGUCUCCGUCUCUCUUCACCAGGCUCCACGAAUCGCCCCGGUUCCCAGGGGGGGGGUUGCAUUUCUUCUCACCCUCCACUCUUCUCCUCCAGCACAUUUCUUAUAAUUUCCCAUCGUGAAAUUAAUGAUUUUUAUCAGAGACAUACUUCCCUUUGGACCUUGGUUACCCAGUCCUUGUUUUGGAAUGCUUACAAUAGGGGGGGGGAUUGACUUCCUUAUUAAAUCGCCCCCGCUCGUGCCAAAUCCAAAAUUUUGAACCCGGUUUCCUAAUUACUCACGGGUUGUUGUUAAUAGUCCAAAUUUUCAAUAGAAGAAGUCAGCGCUCUCCGUCGAAUGGCAUGCGGCUGCGCUCGGCAGGGAAAGCAGUGGACUCAAAGCACAACGCCACUCCCCGGCACCAGAACCGAAGCAUUUAAAAAGGCUCCGUCACGAGUCGGGAGGGCGCUACUGGUGCAAGCCGCGUCACCCAUGUCCACGGACUCCGUGCCCGUGGAUUUUAAGGGUCCCCGCGUCGCCGACGCGGUAGGACCCAGCCCCUGCCGAGCAGACUCCCUCCGGAGCUCGGAGGGAGUCCGCCAUUCGGCGAUGGCGCUAACCCGGAAGUCCCACUGAGUUGGUUUUCUGUCUCCCUCCCUCCUCUGCAUCUAGACAACUACCUGCUGCUUCAGCCGUUCUGCACAAAGGCCCAGUUUCUGAAUGGGAAAGCCAAGCAAGACAUCACAGAGAAGCUUGCAGGUAAGGCUCUUCGUGCUUUGCUGCCGUGCCUUCGUACCCAGAGUUCGCCCUUCCAGGAUGAGCCUGCGCAGGAUCUGCUUGCUCAAGACUCUUUACUGCUCUGCAGCGUCCGUGAUGGUGCCAGGCAGCUUGGAAGGUUGUUGCCAACCUAAGGGAUGUAAAACGAACGUGAAAUAGCCCAUUGAUAUCCCAUCCCAUUAUAACAGCUGAAAGCAGAGCAGGAGUUUAAGCUUAAGAACUGAGGAAGCUGCCUCACACAGAGUCAGGCCAUUGGUCCAUCUAUGGCAGUACAGUGGUACCUCGGGUUAAGUACUUAAUUCGUUCCAGAGGUCCAUUUUUUUUUAAAUAUAUAUUAUAUUUUUAUUAGUUUUCAAAUACAAAAACAAAUUUAUACAUUCCAUACAUCUUACUUCUCUUUUUUGACUUCCCUCAAUUUGUCUGCCAUUCCUUCCUAUUGUUACUUUUUACAGAUUUCUACCCUUUUAACCCUUUCUCCUCACAGAGCUUCCUUAAAGCUUACAAACGUAAUUUUAUUAUCACUCAGUUUUUGCAUAUAUUGGAUAAACUUUUCCCAAUCUUCUGUAAAUCUUUGAUCUCGUCGAUUCCGGAUCCUUCCUGUCAUUCUGUCCGGUUCUGCAUAAUCCAUCAUUUUAGUUCUCCAUUCUUCUAUCGUAGGUAAUUCCUCCUGUUUCCAUUUCUGGGCCAUCAAUAUUCUUGCUGCUGUCACUGCAUAUAAAAAUAACUUCUUUUCUUUCUUAUUUAUCUCAUUACCUGUAAUGCCUAGUAAAAAUGCUUCUGGUUUCUUAACAAAUGUAUAUUUCAACAUUUUCUUCAAUUCAUUAUAAAUCAUUUCCCAAAAGCAUUUUACCUUCUUACAUUCCCACCACAUAUGAAAAAAGGUACCUUCUUUUUCUUUACAUUUCCAACAUUUGUUACUUAUCUUAUACAUUUUUGCUAAUUUCACAGGUGUUACAUACCAUCGGUACAUCAUUUUCAUAACAUUUUCUUUUAUAACUGUGCAUGCAGUGAAUCUUAAACCAUCUUUCCAAAGUCUUUCCCAAUCCUCCAUUUGAAUAUUAUGCCCUAUAUCUUGGCCCAGUCGAUCAUAACUGAUUUUACCUCCUCAUCCUUCGUACACCAUUCCAGUAAUAUCUUAUACAUUUUUGCUAAAUUCUUAUAAUCAUUAUUCAAUAUUUCUGUCUGAAAUUUUGAUUCUUUGUCAGCAAAACCCCUCUGAUUUAAAUCUUUUCUAAACAUCUCAUUAAUUUGAAAAUAAUGCAGCCAGUCAUUCACAUAGUCCUUAACUUCUUCAAAUGAUCUCAUUUUCCAUUUUCCUACACUUUUACGCAUUAACUUCUCAUAUGUCACCCAACCCCCUGUCAUAUUGACUUUCUUCACACUUAUCGCCUCCAACGGCGACAACCAAUAUGGAGUUUUUUGUUCCAGCAAGUUUUUAUAUCUUUCCCACACUUCAAUCAAAGACCUUCUUAUAAUGUGAUUUUCAAAACCUUUAUGUACUCGUCUCUUGUCAUACCACAAAUACGCGUGCCACCCAAAUCUAUUAUCAAAACCUUCAAGAUCUAACACAUCCGUGUCUUCUAAUUUCAUCCAUUCCUUCAACCAACAGAGACAAGAUGCUUCGUAAUACAAUUUCAAGUCUGGCAGGGCGAAGCCUCCUAUUUCUUUUGCGUCCGUCAAUAUCUUAAAUUUUAUCCUCGGCUUCUUACCCUGCCAGAUAUACCUUGAAAUUUCUCGUUGCCAAUUUUUAAAAAUUGCUGCCCCUUUGAUUACUGGAACUGUUUGAAACAAGAAUAACAUCUUCGGUAGCACAUUCAUUUUUAUCGUUGCAAUUCUUCCCCAAAAUGACAAUUUCAUUCUUCCCCACACCUCUAAGUCCCUUUUGAUCUUAUUCCAUGUUGGAAUAUAAUUAUUCUGAAACAAGUCAAUACUCCUAAAUAUUUAACUUUCUUUACCACUUCUAUUUCAGUUUGCUGCUGUAAUCUGUUUACAUUCUCCGAAUCUACAUUUUUAGUAAUUGCUUUAGUUUUUUUCUUAUUCAGAAUGAAUCCUGCCAACUGACCAAACUGGUCCACAAAUCCUUUUCUUAUCCCUUUCGGAUCUUCAAUCUUAUUAUCUUCCACAAUUAUUCUAUGAAUAGUAUUUUGCUCUUUCCUUUUUUUUUAUCUGCCAAGCAAGCAGUUUUCCUGACUUGUUUGCAAAUUCAAAGUUCCUUUGUCUCAUUCUUUUAAUAUUCCAUUCUACUUCUCUGUUUAUUAUCAUUGCAAAUUGUGCUUGUAACGCUUUAAUAUUCAUUUUCGUUUUAUCUUCGGGACUAGUAAUCAAUCUCUUCUCAUUCUCCAUUAUUUGUUUUAAAAUUUCUUUUUUCCCAUUUUCUCUUAAUUUAUUCUUAAUUGAAUUCUGUUGAAUAAAAAGUCCUCUCAUUACGGCUUUACUAGCGUCCCAAACUGUGGUUAUUUUUGUUCCUUGAUUCAUAUUAUUAAAAAAAUAGUCCUUCAAGCACUUUUGUGCCUCCUCUACAACUUUUUGAUCAUCAAAGAGAGUCUCGUUUAGUCUCCAUCGGAAAGAUUUUUCUUCAUAUACUUUCAAGAUACACUUUAUUGGAUUAUGAUCCGAUAGUACCUUAGGUUGAAUUUCGAUCUUUAAAAUUCUUGUUGUAAGCUCAUUAGUUAUCCACAUCUGAUCGAUUCUUGACAUUGAUUGAUUUGCUUCUGACUGAUACGUGAAUUGUUUUUCUAAUGGGUGUUUCAGUCUCCAAAUAUCUAUUAAAUUGCAGUUCUCUACCAUUGAAAAGAAUGUCUUUGGUAAUUUCCUUCUUUGGAUUUACCUGUAGCUCUUAGUCUGUCCAUGUCCAAUGACACAACUGCGUUCAUGUCACCCAUUAUUAUAAUCUUUUGGUCCAUAUAUUCAAAUAAUUUUUCCUCUAAUUCUUUGAAAAAGUCCAUUCUGUUUUCAUUUGGUGCAUAUACUCCGACAAUUAUUAAUUUUUCACCUUGCCACUUAACUUGUACUGCCAUGAUUCUACCCUCAUCAUCUUUAAAAAUUUGUUGAGCUUCUAAUUUGUUUUUAAUAUAUAAUACCACUCCUUUCUUUUUAGUUUUGUCCAAUGAGAUAAAUUCGUUUCCUAAUUUUUUGUUUAUUAAGAUUUUCCUGUGUUUUCUCAUCACAUGUGUUUCUUGUAGGCAAAUAAUGUCUAAAUUUUGUUUUUUCAAAUAUUGAUUAAUUUUAUUUCUCUUUUUUUCUCGUUCAUUCCAUUAACAUUCCAGGUUCAUAAUUUCAACGCCAUUUUGAUUUCUGAUUAAUUUAUAAUAAUAGUCUUUAAAUUUUACUUCUCCUCUUCUUCUUCCCCUUCUCCUCCCUCCUCUUCUGAUUCUUGUGAGGCUCCUCCUCCCGCUCCUGCUUCCGCCAGUGCUGCUCCAUCUUCUUCUCUUCCCAGUUCUUUAUAUCUUCUCAAAAAUUUAUCCAUUUCAUCAAAUCUUGUUAUCCUGUGUCUUUUCCCUUUAUAAGCAAAUGACACUCCUUCUGGGAACUCCCAUCUAAAUUCAAUUUUGUUUUUUCUCAAAGCUUGCACCAGCUGUUGAUAUUGGUUCCGUUUUUUCAAAAGCCGAAGUGGGACAUCUUUAAAAAUAAUUACAGUGGUGCCUCGCAAGACGAAAUUAAUCCGUUCCGCGAGAGUCUUCGUCUAGCGGUUUUUUCGUCUUGCGAAGCAAGCCCAUUGACGGAUUAGCGCUAUUAGCGCUAUUAGCGGUUUAGCGGCUAUUAAAGGCUUAAAGGCUUAGGGGAUUAGCUGCUAAAAGGCUAUUAAAGGCUAUUAAAGGCUUAGCAGAUUAGAUAAAGGGGGGGAAAAGCGGAAAAAAAAAUCAAGACUCGCAAGACAUUUUCGUCUUGCGAAGCAAGCCCAUAGGGGAAUUCGUCCUGCGAAGCAACUGCAAAACGGAAAACCCUUUCGUCUAGCGGUUUUUCCGUCUUGCGAGGCAUUCGUCUUGCGGGGCACCACUGUAUGUUGCUCCCGUCGAUGUUCAAUCUCUUCUCCCUAUUCUUUUGCAGAAUUAAAUUUUUCAUUUCUCUAUCUUUAAAUAUCACCAAACAGUCUCCUGGAAAUUUCUUGGCCUUUGUUGAUCUCACUCUGAAAGCAUUUUGUAUUGUUUUUGCUACGUCCUCUUCCUGCAUCUCAAGCCAUAUGGCAAUUUCUUUAAUUAAUUUCUCCUUUAUUUCUUCUCCUUGGGACUCUGGUACCAUUCUAAAUCUCAGAUUAUUCUCCUUCUAUCUCAGUUCAUUCAUCGAAAUAGCGUCCCACAAUUCCUCUUGUGUCUUGUUAACCUCUGCUACUUCUGCUUUAAUUUUUCUUCUUCUUUUCUAAUCUCCUUGACUUGCGUUUUAACCUACCUUGCCCCUUCUUCCAAAUUUUGUGUCCUUUUUAACAUAUCUUUCAUCUGCCCCUUUAUUUCUUUGACUGUUUCAUCAAUUUUUUCCACGGUCACAUCUAUUUUUUUAUCCACCAACUCCAAUUUUGUCUCUGUUUUUCUCACUUUUUUGUAUUUCUGAUUUAAGAUCUGCUUUGAGCUCUGUAAAUAGCUUUAUUAAUUCUCCUUUUAAUAUCAGAUUCUUGUCUAGAACCUUUCCUUUCUGCUGGUGUCCCUGCUUCACCUUUUUUCUGUGUAUGAGACAUCUUGUAAAUUUAAUCAAAUUAAAUUAAUAAUUUUUGAUGCACCAAUAAGAUUGUCCACCAGGGGGCUACGUUUCCCUAAAGUUCAAUUUCUAUUUUGUUAGGACUGUAUUUAUAUGAUUGUCCACUAGGGGGCGCUCCAAAUUUAUCAACCGAAUGUUAGCUAAGGAGAAUUAAAACAAAAGCCAAACUCAAAAUCUUCAAUUUUUUCUUGCCACUUGGUUGGCUAAAUCCAAUACAGUGGUUAUGAUAAUUAAAAAUCUGAAAGUAUUCUCAGAAGUAUCCUUUAAAUCACUGUAGCAAAGUCCUCGGAGAAAAUAAAUCCCAAAAGCCUCAAAAUACCAACCAUCAAGAGACCCCCACAAAAAAACAAAAACAAAAAAAUAGAUCAAUCCAAAUUUCAUGGGGGGGGGGGGAGAACAGGGUAAAUAGACACAACUCCCAACCCUUUUCAAUGUCCAAAAAUGAAAUAAAAUGGCAUUGCUUUCUUCUCAUAAACAAUCAAAUUAUGGGGGGUGGGGGGCGGGCACAAAUCCUCUGGAUAAACUUUCAAAAAACCAAAAUAAUCUUUCCAAAUGUAUCCCAGUCCACUCUCCAAACAAACAUAAAAGGCAAAUAAUACUUCUUCCCUUGUUAAUAAACAAUGCUGCCAAGGUGAGUGUGUAAAAAUAACAAAGAAUAAGAACUUUCCAGUUCGUUGCGCAGUUCACUUAAAAUCGAAAGUAAAGUAAUCCGUUCUCAAAAUCCUUCCUCGCCAUCUUGACCACUCACCAAACAAAAAAGAAAGGGAUUAUUCCCUCUAUCCCCUCGGUCUUCUUCACCCCACCAGUUCCUUAUGUAAGUCCCUUAAAAAAUAUCAAAAGCCAAAAAAAAUAAAACAGCAAGAUAGUUCCAAUUGCCAAGCAGUCUCCGCUUGUUUUUUACUCCACACUGAUAAUAGUCCUUGUGUGCGCUUCGGAAUUCAGACAAAGUUGACCUCCUUUUUACCCUUUGUCUGCAUCGAAUUGGGUCCAAAUCAGCAAAUUUUAAUCCUUUCGAAACUUCCCAAACGAUUUCUUUUAAUUUGGAAAGCCGAUCGCUCCAGUGGGCAGGCUCGGGGCUGCGCUCCUAGAGGCUGGCAAUGGCGUCCCGCUGCCAGCCCUUCUACCCCUCCGCUCUCGUCUCCUCUUUAAAGAAGAUACCUGGCGGCCAGAGGAAUCGCUACUCCGCAGCGCUGGGAUCCUUACCCCCUGAGUAUCCUUUCAGCGGGGUUUUGGGGGGCUAAGGCGCCCUUUUGGCACCCCCGUUUAUCUUCUAGGAGCUGGCCUCCCUCUCCCGAGGGAAAACCCGCUUGCUUCCACUUUCCGAUCAGCCUGUUCCGGAGGUCCAUUCUUAACCUGAAACUGUUCUUAAGCUGAAGCACCGCUUUAGCUAAUGGGGCCUCCUGCUGCUGCCGCACCGCCGGAGCACGAUUUCUGUUCUCAUCCUGAAGCAAAGUUCUUAACCUGAAGCACUAUUUCUGGGUUAGCAGAGUCUGUAACCUGAAGCGUAUGUAAUUUGAAGCGUAUGUAACCCGAGGUACCACUGUAUAAGCUUUCGUGUGCAUGCACACAUAAGCUUAUGCCCAGAACAAACUUAGUUGGUCUCUAAGGUGCUACUGGACAAUUUUUUAAUAUGCUCAUUAUGUCACUGAAGCCUGGCUUUAUGAUUAAGGAUAAUGAACGGUGAAAGUGUGUAUAUAACAAAGCAAAGGGGGAGGGUGGCGUUCCCUUGGCUCGUAUUUGGCUCUAGCAGCAAGAACAAAGUUGUUCAAAAUGCUCUUAAGUUCUGAACCCGAGGUACUAUUUCUGGGUUAGCGGAGUCUGUAACCUGAAGCGUAUGUAACCUGAGGUACCACUGUACUGUCUACAUGCAUUGGCAGCAGGGGUCUCCCCUAACAAUUCCUGGGGAUUGAAGUCAAGGCCUUCCACUGUGCUCUGCUGCGGAGCUGGGCCCUUCCCCACAAAGCUUGUUUGGAGCACCAUGCGCUUAAUUGAUGGCCUUUCCAGAAGAUGUUCUGAGUUUGCAUGCUCUCAGUUGCAUUCUUGCUCAAGUUGAGCAGGCCAAGGCUUGAGGUGGGGAAGAGCCUUUGGUGUGACCAGUUACUCCCCCCCUCUCUCCGCCUCCCCUUUUGUUGUUCCGAAUCCAGAGCUGGUGGUGGAGCUGUAUCCUCGCAAGCCUCACGCCGUGGAGCAGAAGGUCUUGGUGGUCCUGUGGCACCUGCUGGGCAACAUGACCAACAGCGGCUCCUUGCCCGGAGCCGGCGGCAAUAUCCGGACAGCCACCGCUAAAUUGUCCAAAGCGCUUUUUGCACAAAUGGGUCAGAACCUGCUGAUCCAAGCUUCGUCCCAGUCCCCCCACAUCAAAAGAACUCUGGAAGAAUUCCUUGACCAAGCUACCUGAAGCAGACUGAGCAGGGGCAGGUGUGUGCAUGAAUAAAUGCACCUUCAUGGACAGUACGGUACCGACUCCUUUCCGUGGGGUCGAGUGGAGCAUCCCCCUCCCUCCCUCUCUCUCGCUGCAUUCCUUCACAGUGCCUGUGCUUUUCACGUGGAAGUGGAUUUGGAUUGACUGCUUUUAAUUACUGGGUUUUCCUUCCCCCUGGUACGCGUCCCAGGCCGAAACCAAAAUCAGUAUGAUGCUUGGGAACUCUCCCCCCUCUGGUGCUGUCCCAAGAAUUCUGUGGAGUUGGGGAAUGGAUGUCUUGCGAAAGCAAAAGUCAGCUCUGCUUGUUUGCACUCUUCUGUAGACUCAGUGGGACAAUGCCCUGUGUGUGUGCGCUAACGAAGAUGAGAUUUUAAAAAUAGGAAUAGUUCUAAUCAUGAAAUCAUGUUAUGACAUGUCUUCUCAUGUAGCCUUAAGAGGGAGGGGGGGGAAAACUUUUGAGAGGCACAUUUAUAAAGAACAGGGUUCUGUGUGACAUUUGUGGAAAAAAAUGUAUUUUUAAAAUCAGUCCCAGUCAUGAUUGUGCAGUGUUUCCUUGCUUUUGCUGCUGCUGCUGUUGAUGUAUGACAUCUGCUUGACAGUUGGGCAUCAUUAUCUGCACACUCUUGUAAAACUUUUAACAGGUUAUAAUGAAGCAUGUUGACCAAAAUUUAUAGAAAAGAAAUAAUUUUUACAUAUUUUGAACAACACAUGUCUUAAAAGAAAUGUCACGUGUUGAAUAUAGCUUCCAUAUUUUAGUGUGAAAAAAUAAUACUGAAUUUAUCUCUGUCCAGAAUUUAUAAAGGUGUUAAGUUUUCUGCCCUGCUGUGCAAUCCUCAGCAAUCUAGUGCCAGUUGUUCCUUCUGCUCUCGAAAUUUUACCAUCUACAAGUACUGUAUUCAUUUGAAACACAAAAACAAAAUGUUAUUAAAAAAAUAAAUGGAUUUAUUUCUGUAAAAAUGA